ACCACAGAAUUAAUGUACUGGACACACUAUUAAGAUGAGGAAUCCUGGAAAGAUGUGUUGUACAAGUCUCUGCGCUUAUACUGAUGGAGGUUUCUUGGAUUUUUCACUCCGUCUUGCAAUUGCAAGCAGCUGAAAGAAUUUGUGUUACAGUGAAGCGGUUCACUGAAACAUCAUCCCUUCAAACACGACAGCUUCUGUCUUGGAUCACAUCUGAUUUUGUAUGUGGUUCUAAUGUGUAUGCCCUGGCUGUUUUUAGCUACCGGACCUCCCUCCCAUCCUGGCUCUUGCAUGUUUUCACCCACCUCUCCUCCCCUCGCUGGCUCUCUUGCAGUGAAUACCAUAAGCCUCCCACCACUCGUUCCAGAUUUAGACCUCAACUUUUCCCAGACUUUAAGGACCAGCUUGUUGAAUCGUGCUGUACUGUUCCACUUGUUCACCAUAUCUCAUCCUCAUCAUCAGGAUGGGCUCCAGAUGUCGGCCAAUGGAACAAAGGAUUUUUAGCUUUGGGUUCUGAUGCCAAGGAAGAUUGCCUCACCACUUCUCCAAUCAUGGAGCCGCUUGCCGAGGUGCCCUUAUUUGAGUUGGAGCUGGACGAGGACACUGCGGUUGAUGUCUUAAUGGCCAACACGGGCAGUUGUUCACCUCCAUGGACGGAUGCUACAACUCCUUCUGCGGUCCCAGAGCGAGAUGCUUUUAUUUACAUGAACUUCAUGAAAAACCAUAGCUGCUAUGAUGCCAUUCCUACCAGCUCUAAGCUAGUCAUCUUUGAUACUGAACUGCAGGUGAAGAAGGCUUUCUUUGCUCUGGUGGCUAACGGUGUACGAGCAGCACCCCUGUGGGACAAUAAGAGCAAAUGUUUUGUAGGAAUGCUGACCAUCACAGACUUUAUCAACAUUCUCCAUCGUUAUUACAAGUCUCCGCUGGUUCAGAUCUACGAGUUGGAGGAGCACAAGAUAGAGACGUGGCGAGAGAUCUAUCUGCAGUACUCCACCAACAGGCUCAUCAGCAUCACACCUGAAGCCAGUCUGUUUGACGCCAUCUACUCACUGUUAAAGAACAAGAUACACCGACUUCCCGUCAUUGACCCGACAUCAGGGAAUGUCCUGCAUAUCUUGACACACAAGCGUAUCCUCAAGUUCCUCCACAUAUUUGGUUCUAUGAUUCCAAAGCCAUGGUUCCUGCAAAAACAGAUCGGUCAGCUGGCUAUCGGUACCUUUAAGGAGAUCGCAACAGUGCAGGAAUCGGCAUCGGUCUAUGAGGCCCUGAGCAUCUUUGUGGAGCGACGAGUGUCCGCUCUGCCUGUGGUCAAUGAGCAAGGUAAAGUGGUGGCGCUAUACUCCAGAUUUGAUGUCAUUAAUCUUGCAGCCCAGAAGAACUACAACAACUUGGACAUGACCAUGACAGAGGCUGUUGCCUCUAGAGCGUGCUGCAUGGAAGGAGUGCUCAAAUGUUACCCUCAUGAAACCUUAGAGACCAUCAUUGACCGCAUCGCUAAGGCUGAGGUGCAUCGUUUGGUGUUGGUUGACGCCAAGGAUGUGGUGAGAGGAAUCGUCUCACUUUCUGACCUCCUCCAGGCUCUGGUCCUCAGCCCAGCAGUCCCCAGUCACCCCAGAUGUGUGGCUGGCCCAAUCUUCAUCCACAAAGCCCACGACUGGCUUCUCGUUGUCCACACGUCAUCUUCUCCAGUAGUGGCUUAUGUUCCAAACGCUUUUUCCCAUUCCCAAAUGCCUCCAAACUCAAGAAAAUGUUCUAUUAAUCUACAAAAAACAUCUAAACUCAGAGACCAGUGACAGUCUGCUACUCUACCUUGAUGCUACUUGACCCUUGUGCACCUUUGGCUUAAAAAAAAAAAAAAAAGGUCAAUCACUAUCUGCCAAAGACAGAGUCCUCAUUCUGCAGCUCUUGCAAACACCUUCUUGACUCCAGCUGAAAAUGUUAGCAGCUCCUCAGCCCCUCACCUUGCAGAUUUUAUGAAUGAUCUUGUUUUCAAGAGGGAGGAAAAUGAGAUAACUGAGAAGAGUGGACAAGUGUGACCAACCAAAUCCAGGUUACAUUCAGCUGGAAAAUUGAGAAUCAAUGUGAAGAAGAAGAAAAAAAAUCUGUGGACUUGAUUCAACUUUCCUUUAUUGAGACAUUUUGUUUUAUUGAAUGAAACAUGCUGGCGGACUUUGACAGAAAAGUGAUCAUCUCUAUUCAGACUGAAUUAUGAUGUCUUGUAUUGUUGCCCCGAACCUUACAAGUGAAUGUUUGACUCUGCUGUGAAAUGAGCAUCAGCAUCAUGUUACAUCUAUGUUGUUCUUCUCCACCUGCAAUGUCUUUUUUAAAAUGUAUUAAUGUGAUUCUUUCUUGCAGCUAGCUUGUGUUAUUUAUAUAUAGUAGUAAAAAAAAAAUGGAGCCUGUAUUUUUGAAUCUCCAAGUGGGUUUCGUCAUACAGGGUAGUCAGCCGCUGAGGUUAAAUUAAUUUCUGUUCAUUCAAAUAAGAAUAAAGGAAAGGUCUAAUCUUUA